ACCUUGAAGCGCAUACACCGCGAAAUAUUGGAUCUCAAGAAGGAAGACAUGGGAAACAUCAAACUCGGGCCAUUGGCAGACGACAACCCAUUUCUUUGGAAGGCGCGCAUUCCAGGCCCCGAGGGCAGCGUGUACGAAGGUGGCGUGUUCGAGGUAGAUGUGCAGCUCGCCCAUGACUAUCCAUUCUCGGCGCCCAAGAUCGUGUUCCAGACAAGGAUAUACCACAUGAACAUAUCAGAUCGCGGAAAUGUCUGUAUCGAUAUUCUCAAACACAAUUGGUCCCCGGCACUCUCUGUUUUCAAGGUUAUCCUCUCCCUUUCCUCCUUACUUACGGACCCUAACCCGAGUGAUCCACUAGUGCCAUCUAUUGCAUCCGAAUACCUGCGGCGUCGUACAACGCAUGAUCAGACUGCUCGACAAUGGACAGAGCUCUACGCA